GCGUGUUAGUCACAAUGCAAUGAGUCUGUGUCUCUGUCUCUGGGCCAGUGCUUCCACCGAGGACUCUGGGAAAUGAAUCUUACACUAUUCCUGCUUUUGGCAUUGACUGCUAGCUGGACUGGACUUGUUCAAUGUGAAGACAAAGAAGAGCCCGAGGGAGAGUUUGUCUCUGAAGACUUGUUAGGUCCCAAAGCAGAGGGUGAAGAAGAAAACUCAGAUAAUCAUGGGGACAGCUCUGGAGAUGGCAGGAGCCUUGUUGCAGAUUCCUUGGAAUCAGUUUCUACAGCAAGCAGUGACUCAGUUAAUAAUCAGGAAACAGAGCCGACUACAGAGACAAAUACAGAGACAAAUACAGACGCAGACGCAGAGGAUCUCAACCCAGUAAUCAUGAUCAUCAUUCCCCUAGUUCUCACACUCGUCAUCAUCGCUGUAAUCGUGUGUGUAGUCAUGAUCUACCGCAGGAGGAGAAUAAAAGCUGCUGACACAAAAGAAGAUCCUUAUCUGGAUCAUGAAGACCAUGAAAAAGUGCCAAUGCCCAUGUUUGAUGAUGAUAUCCCAUCAGUAAUGGAGCUGGAAAUGGAAGAUCUAGAUAAUUGGAUGGCAAAAGAUGGAGGCAAGAAAGUGGACACUGGCCAAAUAUAAUGAAAAGCUUUUCAGUAGCUGCGGCUGUGGAGCUGAUCCAGUGCUGCACAAUGCACUAUUUUUAGGUACAUGUAAUUCGGAAAACUUUGCCAGUGCUUUUAGAUUGUUUCAUAAUGCCAUAACUUUAUAUUAAAAAGAUAUUUGUAAAAAAUAUUAAACACUGCUGUGUAAAGAGCUUUGCCGUUUGGAUGAAAAAAAAAAGGCAGAUAAGCAGAUGAAUUUCUUUCUGUCUGUUGCACUGAUCUAAGCCUAUGCUCUUCUGUGUGCUUUUGAUAUUAAACAUAUUUUCAACACUUUUUGACGGAGUACAGCUAAAUUAUAAACAAUGUUGUUUCUUUAUAAUGUAAUAAUUGUUCUUGUUCUUAUCUAAAUGCAAGGGCUGCCACAGAAAUAUUAAGAUGCAUUUCAUCAUUCCAUUUAAAUUAUAAAGACAUUAACCUUUGUAAAUAUUAUUACAUUAGCUGUAGUUUUCUUUUAUUUGCAGUAUUGCAAGUUUGUGUUUACAAUUUAUAAUGAAAUUUAAAUCACUUCAUAAUUCUUAAGAAAACACCAAUGCAUUUCUUGCUACGUACUGUAUGUCUCUUUACAUUAAAAGAGGAACUGUUAUCAUUGU